AUGAAACUUAUGGAUGAGGAAUGGAAAUGCUCACGAUUUAGUUACUCAUACCCUCAGAUCGUCCAGCAAGCUCUUGGUAGUUCGGUCAAGAAUUUCCAAUAUUUUGCCUGCAGUGGGCAUCGAACAGACGGGAUCGAGGAGCAAGCCAAGAAACUUGAAGGUGAUCUUGACUUGGUUGUGUUGACGGCUGGCGGUAACGACCUAUGUUUGGCUGGCAUGAUCAAAGAUUGCGUCUUUCUACCUUGGAGCGAGUCAGCAUGCGAAAAGGUGCUCAGUAAGGCACAGAGCAACAUCAACAACAUCUUGAAACCAAACAUUAGAUCAGUGCUGGACGCACUGGAAGAUAAGAUGCGCAAAGACAGUAUUGUGGUCUAUAACGGAUAUGCUCCGUUCUUCAACACCGAGAACGAGGACUGCUCUACAAAACAAAGAUGGGCCCUGCUUGAGUGGGCUUUCACCAGCUAUGCGGGUACUCCUGCGAUUCCAUUAUCAGUUGAGAGGCGAAAGAGAUUCAAUGCACUUGUCGAGGAUAUCAACAAGGCAAUAUCCGAAGUUGUUGCUGAGUAUGAUGGGAAGAAGAAAUACCGGAUUGCAUACUCGGAUUGGAGCGAGUGGCCAGCAAUUGUGGAUGGACAGAUGUGCUCGCCAACUGAUGACACUGGCAAAUACCCAAACGAAAAACAACCCAUGAUGCAGUUUUUCAAACCCGAUACUCAUUUACCUGUAGCGGUCCAUGAUGAGUUCAAGCGAAGUGAGAUCACCAGUUCGGUGGGAAUACUUGACAACAUCACACUUCCAGAUGAGAAUUUGUACGACUCGAUACUGUACAAAUCCCCAAAUCCACCUGUGGUCGCGCUUGAUCGCCUUGAAAACAGGGCCAAUCUCGCCCCAAAUUGCCCAGGAGAUGGAACACUGGGGUUGCCUUGGGGAAUCGGACUCCCAGACUCGUUCUUAUGCAACUUCCACCCCAACAUGAAGGGCCACGAGACCAUUGCGGCAAGUACCCUUGAGACCAUCGCUUUGAUGCGGGCCAAAAUUCUUGGCAAGAACCCGUGCCCAAUUACCAUCGAGGACGAAUUCAAAUGCUGGUCAUCGGACGGUCUCGACUGGCCCCGGCCGUACGCAGGCUGGGAGCGGCUGGACAAGUCCUACAAGGAGUUUUGCGAGAAUUUGAAGCCGCCUGCCGACACUGUCAACUGGCAGAGGGAGCAAGAUUAUAACGUCGGCACGAUCGAGGAGCACAAGUACAAGGUCAAGCUGAACAACGACGCCUCGCAGUUCAGUAAGAAUGAGUGCCUCGACAGCUUCAAGAAGCUCAUAUUCAGUUGCGAUACGGACAAAGGAGAGAGCAACCCGAUGGGCUGGAAGUACGGCGGGCGGUACGUCCGCGGGUCCACGACGUACGAAUUGUAUCCAAAGUGGGAACGGCCCACGCACAAACGCGCUGACGGCGAGUGCAGCUACAAGAACCAAUGGCUGCGGUACGAGUACAACCUCCAGGGCAAGGGCUGGGCCGGAUGGGACAACGGCAAGGAGACGCUGCUGCCGGCACUGAAAGGAUGCAAGCUGCUGACCCCAACCUCAUUCGAGUUUGGGUACUGCGCGCCCAAGGGCGACCACAAAUGCGGCGACAACAAUGACUGGUGGGCUACGUUCUUCACAACCAUUGGGGUCAACGGACGCUGCAUGGACAAUCAGAAUGUAGUUGCCAAGUCAGCCGGGGGUCACUUUCAUAAGUGGAAGGAAUCGGGAGGCAAUUAUGAUGAUGUUGGAUGCUCAGAACUAUGA